ACAUUAUAUUGAUUAUCGCCAUUUUAUUACUGGCCGAUUGAAAUUUGAAGUGCUAUAAAGUCUUCAAUUGAAUGUUGUCGAUUAAAAUACAUAAUCUUGCAGUCAGUCUUCGAUAUUAUUCGAAUUGAACCAAGGGUGAACGUCUAGACGGACUACGUCAUUUAUAUAGCCAUCAGACUUCUACCUACAAUGGAUGAUAGUGAUUUUUGUAAAGAGUUCAAUAGUGAUCGAGAAGAAGCUGAAUAUUUUAAGAGGAAAGCUAAGGACUACAGAGAAUUAUAUCAAAGUGCUCAAGAGGAGCUAGAUGAAUUUCAAAUAUCAUCAAAAGAACUAGAAAUCGAGUUAGAAACUCAGCUCAAACAAGCCGAAUCUAAGGUCGAAGACUUAGGAAUCAAGAAUGCCAGAUUGCAAUCCGAAGUCGACUCUCUUAGAGAAAGAUGUACCGGUACAACCAGCUCCUUUCAGAAAAAAAUUGAAACUCUGGAAGAUGAAUUGGCUCAGUUACACGCCGUAAAAAGAGAACUUAACCGAUAUAUUAGGGAAUUAGAACAAACAAAUGACGACCUGGAAAGGGCAAAGCGUGCCACUGUUUGCUCUCUGGAAGACUUUGAGUCUCGUUUAAAUAAAGCUAUAGAAAGAAAUGCGUUUUUAGAAAGUGAAUUAGAUGAAAAGCAGGAACUCUCAGCAGUAGUUCAACGAAUGAAGGACGAAGCAAGAGAUUUAAGACAAGAGAUUGUUAUUAGGGAUAAACAAGACGAGAAGAAAGUUAAGCCUGAAACGAGCUUACCCACAACACCAGCCACCCCAAUAGGUCCCAACACACCCCUGACACCAUCCGCCAGGAUUUCCGCUCUUAAUAUUGUGGGAGACUUAUUGCAUAAAGUCGGGGUACGUGACAAAGGCUGAAUUUUUUUUCUGUACAAAGUUUAUUUUUUCUUUUUCUCAAACAGGCUUUGGAAUCUAAGCUAACUACGUGCAGAAAAUAUGUAAAUCCGCCUCGAUCAGCGAAAUCGCCACUCCACAGUCCGAGGUAAUUUAGUAUAAACUGGGCGGAAAAAGUUUAGAAAAUUUCUUUUACACUCAUGGAAAAACUUUCAACAGGUCAAAGCGUCCAAUGCGGCCAACUACUUCUACUUCAGCUACUUCUACAACGGGAUAUCAGUCAAACUCUAGUGUGAAAAUGGCCGCGUAAUUUGUGUUCAAUCUAUUCUCUUCCCGUAUGCAGUUUUUAUUUAUUUUGACACAUUUAUUUUGUUUGCAGUUUGACUCUUAAUAUAUAGAGAAAAAAAUGUAUGCCUGCGAAGUAGAAUGUAUUGUUUAGUUCAAUACAGAACACAGUAUAAAAUGUAUUGAUAUUUAAAACUUCUCUUUUGAAUCAAUAAGUCUACAUGCGGUAUCUUCGCUUACAAUAGAUGUAUGG